AUGACUCCUCUUUCAACAAAGAAGCGAAGGUCAUCGCUGUCGUCUGCGACGCACAGCGUUCCCCAUGAUAGGUGGACUCCCACACCUUGCAAUCGCAGUCGCGACAGCGAUCGCGCAUUGCAUCACCGCUAUCGUAUCCUACAUGACACACCAGCCUUGACCCCUCCCUCUUAUAUUGAGCCUCCUACGUUUGUGAGAUCAGUGAAACAUGUCGACAAAUAACGAUAAGAACCGAAGGCGGCUUCAAAUGGUGUUUGAAGAGCAGGAGAAAGCUGCGAAGUUGGCUUCAACCGCAACAGGUUUCAUCAUGUCGAUCUGCUUUUUCGUGCUGCCGGUUGUCUGGUCGAGCAUGUUCCAUCUAUUGCCACUAUCAGCUCCAGCAUGUGCGCCAUCUGGAUUCGAUCCAUGGAGCGAAUUCACCGACUUGUGAGCACUGCGAUGAGAAAUCGCGAUGACAUUUCGCGAUAUAGAUUGCGGCUACAUGUACCGCAAACAGUAACUCCACGAAAACACAUCUCAACUCGUGCCGGUUGAUUUGAUAUUCCCAGUGCAUUCAUACGUGUCACAUAUCUUUUUCUUUAUUUAUCUAUCCAAGCAUUUGAGAUAUUUUUCGUUAUCUAAUCCAUUUUGUUUGCUUGUAUAGACUAUAAUCGACUCAACUUGCAAUUCUUGUAUGCCGGGUGUAAU